UCCAAUUAGGGAUAGAAAAACAUUAAUGGAAACAACAGAAACAUCAAGAGUGAGCCACGAGCUCCCAGUAACAACCACCGAUUCAAGCGGAUCAACCGCAAAGAAACUGACUUUGGUCCCUUUGAUUUUCCUUAUUUACUUCGAAGUCGCAGGUGGGCCGUUUGGAGAAGAACCGGCGGUUCAAGCGGCUGGACCGCUUCUAGCGAUUCUUGGUUUCCUCAUCUUCCCUUUCAUAUGGAGUGUCCCUGAAGCCCUGAUUACCGCAGAACUCUCCACCGCAUUUCCAGGCAACGGAGGGUUUGUGAUAUGGGCGCAUCGAGCUUUUGGCGCAUUCGUAGGCUCAAUGAUGGGCUCGUUGAAGUACCUGAGUGGUGUGAUCAACGUCGCUUCGUUCCCUGUCCUCUGUGUGACUUACUUGGAGAAGCUAUUCCCUGUUCUUGAAUCAGGAUGGCCACGAAACGUCUGCAUAUUCGCAUCAACGGUGGUAUUAUCUUUCCUAAACUACACUGGCCUAGCCAUUGUCGGUUACGCAGCCGUUGUUCUCGGCUUGGUGUCUCUCUCGCCUUUCCUCGUCAUGUCGGCAAUGGCAAUCCCUAAAAUCCAACCUCACCGCUGGGGUAGCUUGGGAGACAAGCAAAAGGAUUGGAAUCUCUACUUCAACACGCUCUUCUGGAACUUGAACUUCUGGGACAAUGUCAGCACUCUUGCAGGGGAAGUUGAUAACCCUCAGAAGACGUUUCCCUUGGCGCUUCUUGUCGCUGUGAUCUUUACUUGUGUAGCUUACUUGAUCCCUCUUUUGGCUGUUACGGGUGCUGUCUCGGUGGACCAGAGCAGAUGGGAAACAGGGUUUCACGCAGAAGCAGCUGAGAUGAUAGCAGGAACGUGGUUGAAGAUUUGGAUUGAGAUUGGCGCUGUCUUAUCAAGUAUAGGACUCUUUGAAGCUCAGUUAAGCAGUAGUGCUUAUCAGCUGGAGGGUAUGGCGGAGCUAGGGUUCUUGCCUAAGUUCUUUGGGGUAAGAUCUAAAUGGUUCAACACUCCUUGGGUUGGGAUUCUACUCUCAGCUCUCAUGUCCCUCGGAUUGUCCUACAUGGACUUCACUGACAUCAUCUCCUCGGCUAACUUCUUGUACACGUUAGGGAUGUACCUUGAGUUUGCGUCUUUCCUUUGGUUAAGAAAGAAGCUACCUGAGCUAAAGAGACCUUACCGUGUCCCACUGAAUAUACCAGGAUUAGUGAUUAUGUGCUUGGUACCUUCAGCGUUUCUGAUGUUGAUCAUUGUGUUUGCUACUAAGAUUGUGUACCUCAUUUGCGGUUUAAUGACCGUAGGAUCAGUUGGUUGGUACUUCUUGAUCAAUUACUUCAGGGAGAAGAAGAUCUUUGAAUUCAACCAAGAUGUUGAUCAUCUUGAUUAUGUUAAUGAAGAACAACGUCCGAAACAUGAAGAAGAUCAUGACUCAUGA